CGAAGGCGGGGCGGCCGCGCAGCGUCCGGGAUCCAGGCCUGGCGGGGGUUGUUCGCGCGGCCGGCCGGCUCUGCCUGCACCGGUGUCGGCUCCCCAGCGGGGCCUCGCUCGGGUCCCCCCAUGUGACGGCGCCCCGCGGCGCCUGAGCGAGCAGCGGGUCCGUGCGGAGCCGGAGGCGGGAGGAACAUGACAUCGCGGAGAUGGUUUCACCCCAACAUCACUGGUGUGGAGGCGGAGAACCUCCUGCUGACCAGAGGAGUCGAUGGCAGUUUUUUGGCAAGGCCCAGUAAGAGUAACCCUGGAGACUUCACUCUGUCCGUUAGAAGAAAUGGAGCCGUCACCCACAUCAAGAUUCAGAACACUGGGGACUACUAUGACCUCUAUGGUGGGGAGAAGUUUGCCACCUUGGCUGAACUGGUCCAGUAUUACAUGGAGCAUCACGGACAGCUGAAAGAGAAGAACGGAGAUGUUAUUGAGCUCAAGUACCCACUGAACUGCGCAGACCCGACCUCUGAAAGGUGGUUCCAUGGUCACUUGUCUGGAAAGGAAGCAGAGAAGCUGCUGACGGAGAAGGGGAAGCAUGGCAGCUUUCUUGUCCGAGAGAGCCAGAGCCACCCCGGGGACUUCGUUCUGUCCGUCCGAACCGGUGACGACAAAGGGGAGAGCAAUGACGGCAAGUCCAAAGUGACCCACGUCAUGAUCCGCUGUCAGGAACUGAAGUACGACGUUGGCGGAGGAGAGCGCUUUGACUCUUUGACAGACCUGGUGGAGCAUUACAAGAAGAACCCCAUGGUGGAGACGCUGGGCACGGUCCUGCAGCUCAAGCAGCCCCUCAACACGACUCGGAUUAAUGCUGCUGAAAUCGAAAGCCGGGUUCGAGAGCUAAGCAAGCUAGCUGAGACCACAGAUAAAGUCAAACAGGGCUUUUGGGAAGAAUUUGAGACGCUGCAGCAACAAGAAUGCAAACUUCUCUACAGCCGAAAAGAAGGACAGAGACAAGAAAAUAAAAACAAAAACAGAUACAAAAACAUCCUGCCCUUUGAUCACACCAGGGUCGUCCUGCACGAUGGGGAUCCCAAUGAGCCUGUUUCUGAUUACAUCAACGCAAACAUCAUCAUGCCUGAAUUUGAAACCAAGUGCAACAAUUCGAAGCCCAAAAAGAGUUACAUUGCCACUCAGGGCUGCCUGCAGAACACGGUGAAUGAUUUCUGGAGGAUGGUGUUCCAGGAGAACUCUCGGGUCAUUGUCAUGACCACAAAGGAGGUGGAGAGAGGGAAGAGCAAGUGCGUCAAGUACUGGCCUGAUGAGUAUGCGCUCAAAGAAUAUGGGGUCAUGCGUGUUAGGAACGUCAAAGAAAGUGCUGCUCAUGACUAUACCUUAAGAGAACUCAAGCUCUCCAAGGUCGGACAAGCUCUACUCCAGGGAAAUACAGAGAGAACCGUCUGGCAGUACCACUUUCGGACCUGGCCGGACCAUGGCGUGCCCAGCGACCCUGGAGGUGUGCUGGACUUCCUGGAGGAGGUGCACCACAAGCAGGAGAGCAUCGUGGAUGCAGGCCCUGUCGUGGUUCACUGCAGUGCUGGAAUCGGCCGGACAGGAACAUUCAUCGUGAUUGAUAUCCUUAUUGACAUCAUUAGAGAGAAAGGUGUGGACUGCGACAUCGAUGUUCCUAAAACCAUUCAGAUGGUUCGGUCCCAGAGGUCAGGGAUGGUCCAGACAGAAGCACAGUACAGGUUCAUCUACAUGGCUGUCCAGCAUUACAUCGAGACGCUGCAGCGCAGGAUUGAGGAGGAGCAGAAAAGCAAGAGGAAAGGACAUGAAUAUACCAAUAUUAAGUAUUCCCUGGUGGACCAGACAAGUGGCGAUCAGAGCCCCCUGCCACCUUGCACCCCAACACCGCCCUGUGCAGAAAUGAGGGAGGACAGCGCUCGGGUCUACGAGAACGUGGGCCUCAUGCAGCAGCAGAGGAGCUUCAGAUGAGCCCCACCAGUGGCGGCACGCAGAUGCGAACUUUCACCCCUUCCCUAAAAAUGUCCAGAAUAGACGAGAAAGUUUCCAGGACCCACGUGUUCAGAAGCUCGCCCGCCCGGGUUGACUGACUGCUUUUUGAGAAGUGAAGUUUGGAACCAUGUGAAGAGCAUGAGUCUCGAGUCCAACCGGCACCUCCCUUCCUCAGAUAAGGGGAAACCGCUCUGCGUGGUCAACAGCGCUGCUUUUAGAGAACUGGUUUUGAAUUGUGGAAACAGCUAAAUUGUGCUCUGCAUUUUACACAUUAUGGGACUCAAAUUCUAGUUAUGGGCAGGAUUUUGUUUCUUUUAAUGACCUUAACUGAUCUGAUUUUUUACCCCCUCUCUUUGGGGAAUCAUGGGCCCCUUGUAAGAAGAAAGGACUUGGGGAAAGUCAGGAACAGCCUCCCCAAGAAGCCAGCAGUCUGUAAACCGCUCCUCAUCUUAUACCGACCGGCCAGGGGUUGCUUAGGGUCGCUUAUCAUCACCAGAGACUCACUGUUUAGUUCCAGGGCCCGGGAGGCCAGGCUGCAGGGUUGCACUGGUGAGGGCCUCUGGCGGUGCCACGCCCCGUGGGAGAGCAGGAGGGCUGGCUUCAGUCUACAGCAAACCGAUGACGACCCCAUGAGUCCACCCUUAAGACCCAGCCAUUCCUUAGCACCCCACCUGUCACCACCACGGCAUCGGGAUUCUCCACGCUCCCUGCAGAUGAUGCUAUGUUGGGGCACAUUCAACACAGACUGACCCAGUAAAGGACAGUGAUGAAGCUGGGAUAAAAAGUCAUGGCAGAAAGGCCACGGGAAUCAGCGAAUGAGAAGUCUUUCCUCCGAAGAUGACCCCUUGGCUUCAGGUGUGGACAGAGAAGCUGUUUUGGGAGAAGUGACCAUGUUGUCUUUGCACUGGAACCAUCAUCUUGUGUUAGACCCCAGGAUGAGUGAGUGAGCAAGCGGCAUUUGGUCCUCACUCGUUCCUGACUGACCCGCCCCGCCCCCUUUCUUCAGUCCUGUCUGGGCUUGCAUGACGCCCACUGUCCUGUGGGGCUCCCUCGGGAAGUUGGAAGGCCGAGACACUGAGCUGCUGUCUCAGGGUGUCGUCCGGGUCGCUUCUCCUGGGUGUCUGUAGCCUCACUAGCAGGGUGGCUGGGCCUUUCUGGGCCCCCCAGGGCUCAACGGCAGAAGUAGCCAGGCCUUCCUCAGAUUCGGGCCUGGAAUGACCGUGACUUCUUCUGUGGCUGCCUGUGAGGGGAUCAGACUGAGCUUGAGGUGUGUCGUGGAGGUGCCAUGCUCUGGGGCCACCAGUCUGUCAGACGGCCCCCGCCCACGCCGUGGAAGCAAGUGGCUGUACUUAGCAAGAGCCAAGGCUGCGUGCUUAUAGUGGCUGGUGCAAACGGUGGGCCAGGUGAGAAAUGUACAGUGCGCAUUUUAGAAGCUCCUGAGCCCAUUUUUCUGGCACCGCACACGUUUUGCACCAUCCUCACCUGAAGACCUGGUGUGGUAAGGGUGGGCGUGUUUGGGGACGGAUGGAAGCUCGUUCCCGAAGCGCCACAGGUGGGUGAAGGUGAUGCUUCGUGGGCCUCGGCUGAGUACGAAGAGCGGCAGUCCUGGCCAGGCCUCCCGUCAGCUCCCGUCAGCCGCGUGCGCUCUAACCAGGCAGCAGGAAUUGCUAAUGUGCUACCGUAAGUGCCUUCUCCAGAGACGCCCUCUGCCCGUGUGUUAUCGCAAGAGCCGGUUUCAGCGAAAGCAUCCGGAUGACGCUCGUGACCCGACGGUGGCACAGCCCCCACUCACAUUCUCUUGGCUUCGGUCCCUGGAAGGAAGGACUGGACCCUGCCCUCGAUCGCUCCUUCUGAGGCCUCCCAUUCCCUGACAACCCGAGGCAGUCGGGGAGCAGAGAGGCCGCCAUUUUCUCAGAGCACGUGUGUUGAUCCUUGCCCCUUCUCCACUGGACUCAUUGCUUCAGAGCACAGCGUGGCCUGGCCAUGCUCCCUCAUCGGGGGAACGCGGAGGCUGCAGUCUUCUCACAGACCCUAUUCUCUUUAGCACAUUGUCACAAUGAACCGUGUUGGGGAUGGUGGUAAUAUCUAGAUUCUGGACAUUGGGGACAACGUCUCUCACCAGCACACAGAGAUUGGCUGUCCAGCUGAUCUACUGAGUUAACGUCUCUGCCUGCAGCUCAAGGUCCCGGAGCAGAAGACCCGUUCUGAGCCCACUCUGUUCAGUACAGCAAGUGGUUUCCUCCGGGUUCCCCUCCUAGAAGCCAGCCUGUUGUCACACCAGUAAGGAAACAGAUUCCUAGGAGUCCCCAGGUCUCCCGGAUCUGUCAAGUGUGGUGGUUGCAGGGUCUUGGUGUGUUGGAGGCAGGUGCAGUGUCUGGGAAGGUGUGGUAUUGGAGGUGUGGAUUUGAAGUGGUGGGAAUGAAAGUUGCAGAGUUGGUUCAUGAGCAAGUCAGAGGUCACAGGGCCAGAGUAGCCAGUGUGUGGACAUCGGCUUCCCAGGCACAGAGUGACGGCAUUGAGCAGACUGGACACGUGGUCCCCUCACUGCUGAGCCUUUUACAUUAGAAACAUAGGAUUUUAUAUUUUGGGGAAAAAGUCGUCUAGCACAUGGUAUUGGGGUUUCUGGAAAGCCACACUUAAGAGUCUUACCUAGUAAGAAGGCUUACCCCUCUGAUGGGCGGCCCGAGUGAUGCCCCGGGUCACCUCUGCCGUUGCAGUGGGCGCCUUUCUUAUGGCAAAACUGGGGUGAGAAAAUGUUGUCAGCCGUCAUCAGCUCUGUUCCUACAGAACUGGUGGCCAUCAGUGGCUCAGAAGUGGUCAGCAUUAUUUCUAGGGUGUUUCCUGGGGGUUCAUGAACAUAAGCAUUGGUUUCCUGUGCCGGGACUAAGGCAGGUGCACUCGUGAGUUCUGUAGAUUCGUGAUCCUUAGGGAAACAGACUACAGGCCAAAGUACAAGCCCAGGGCAGGCUUUGCCCCUGUCCGUUGUUGGGGACAUUUUACAGCACACAGUCACCCUGGUUUCAGAUGCCUUUCUAGGCUCUGUGCUAGUCUGGCAUUUUGUUGAGUCUUCUCCCCCCGUUAUGGAAAGAUAAGCUCUUGCGUAGAGUGCGUUGCAUCUCCCGUCACCAGCGGCCUGCCUCUCUCUCUGGGGGCAGGCCGCCGGUGAGAGCAGAGAGCAGUUAUGUGGUGCUGUGGACGUGGCUGUGAUCCAACUGAGUUUAACAAGUGUUCCUCUCAAAACCUCAAUCAUGGGGUUCACAGUUUGCCUGUUUAUUUAUGACCUAAUUGUGACUCUUAUUAAUAAAGGCUAAUGGGAAAGGCCCCUCCCUGAGACUGAUGACUAGACUCACAUUUAACUUCCCCACAGCAUAUGAAGCAUCAGGCAGAGUAUUAAAGAAAUAUACUAUUUUAUUGGUAAAGCUGUCCUUUAAAAGGAACAUGUUUUUGGGUGUCAUCAUUUUGGUGUGAAUCAUGUAAAUGUUGGCUGUUUGCUGCUGUUUAUCACCCUUUAGCGUCAGGAGAUGCACUCAGCUGCCUUUCUGCCCACACAUGCAGCCCGCGGGUUUGUAAGUGACAUUAACAGAACAGUUCGUGUAGGGAAACCUCAGAGGUCGUCACCUGCCCACCUGUGUCGCAAGCGUCAGCUGCUUUCUUAGCUGACGUCAUCAGAGUAUGUCUGCAUAGACUCCGUGGAUCGUCAGAGGCAGUGUAUUUGUGAGCUGUCUGGAACUGAAUAGUAGAAUAAAACCAUUUUCUUGUA